CUCUCAUUUUUCCCCAAAUUUUCCUUUUUCACUCCCUCCUCCCCUCACUCUGCUCUCUUGUAAUCCCUAACCCCAUAAUCCCAAAUUUUCCUUUUUCUGCCUUCACUCGACGGCGCACUUGCAACAACACAACUCCUUAUUCUGCUCUCACUCGACGACGCUCCGGCAACGAUGCACCGGCAACAACCCAUUUGAAGAUUUCCGUCUUUUGAAGUUUCAUGAGAAAUAUUUUACCAGAUUAAAGAGGAGAUUCCGGUUUGAGGAAAAAAGGCAAUCGUAUCAAAGAAGGGGUUGCACUUUGAGAAACACUUAUUACAUUGUUGGGGUGGCCAUUUUUUUACAGGGUAUAAGACAAAGCCUGAGUUAUGCCGCAACGUAACUCAAAGAAAAAGAGUAAAAGUUUGAUGCCCCAACCUCCAACACAACUCCGGCAGUUGCAUGAUAGUGAUUUGGAGUGUACUAUGUCGGCAUCGCCUACUUCAAAUGCAGCUGAUUUGGAAGGAGGAUCACCUACCUUGAAUAUGACAACAACACCUCCAACGCACAAUCUGGAUCCAAACGACGAUAGGAUCUUCAUUCGUCCAAUUGGCAUGAAAGCGUUGGAACCUUAUGAUGGGCAUCGAAAAAUCACAGAAAGCAUUACUCGAUACUUCCCUGAGGCUGUCAAGACGUUCAAAGGGGCACCUCAAAGUAUGAAGGAUAUUUGGUUUAAUGAAUAUAAGAAAUUAUGUAAAUGGAAUCCAGAAGAUGAAGCAGUCAUUCGGAAAAUAUAUGAGAGUAUUGCUGCCAGAAGACUUUCCGACACGUUGUGCCAAGUGCGUGCCAACUUGGAAAAAGGUAAAUCACGACCGAAAUGGAUGUCUAAGCUGGUUCUGGCUCAGUAUCAAAGCCUUUGGGACAAGGAAGAAUUCAAAAAGCUAUCCAAGAAGAACAAGGAAAAUAGAAAUUCAGAUUGCGGGGGAAUGGGACCCUCGUUGCAUACUGGAGGUUCAAUCCCAAUUACUGAACAUAGGCGAAGAUUAAGAAAAAAGCUUGGAGAGGAGCCGUCACAUGCAGUUUUGUUUCAAGCCACACACAAACGCAAAAAGACCGAUGAGUUUGUGUGCAAAAGAGCUCAACAAGUAAUGGAAACUGUAAGUCAAAUACAACAAAAUCAACCAGAACUUGAUCAAGCAACUGCAUGGUAUGAGGCAGCAGGUGGUCUCAAGAAGGGAGGUUAUGUGUUUGGGUUUGGGUCAGAUACCCAACACUACUUUCCUGAGGUGGCAAAGCAGAAUUCAAGACAUGGAGAAUCAUCAUCAAAUGUAGCUUAUGACAAAAAAAUUGAACACUUGGAGCAAACCAACAAGGAGAUUUUAGAGCAAAAUAAGAAGAUUAUGGAGUUGCUCCAAGGUAUAUAUUGUGCACAUCCGGAGCUGUUACAAUCUAUUGCUCCUACAGCUAAUAGCAAUCAAAGUAGUGUUGUUGGGUUAGAUAAUCUCAACGUUAGUGAUGAUACACAAUCUUCAUCGUAGUGUUUGAUUAAGUACUUGUUAGAACUUGUGAUCCUAAUGUAAAAAUAUUAAGAAUUGUAAGUAGCUACUAUUUUUUGAAGUGUGAAGUAGCUGAAAUGUGAAGUAGCUACUACAUUUUGAAAUUUGAAGUUAGAUAACCUUUUAUGUUCAAUUAAAUUUGCUUGUUUUUGGUGA